AUCAAUAAAAAUAUUUCUUUAAGAACAAAUAAACAAUAAAAAAUAGCAUGUAGAAUUUGUCAGAAUGGCCGAUGUGCACGAAUGUUCUAAAUUGAAAAUAAAUUUUCUAAGAGAAAAGAAUAAAUCCAUAGCAAAACGUAAGAAAUUAUUAUCUUCUGAUUAUAUUAUUAAAAAAAGACAACCUUUUGAUACAAAAAAAAAACGCGAUAAAGACAUAUUUAUUACUAAUAAAACAAACUUUAAGGCUCAAUUGAAAAAGUGUGAAAAACUGUUAAACAAUGGCAAUUUUGAAGUGAUUAUUCAUGGUCUUGGUUCUGCUAUACAAAAAGCAUGCAGCUUGGCUUUACAAUUAAAGGAAAUACAUUAUGGUGGUAUAGAACUAGAUAUCAAGACAUCUACAAUAUCAAUUAUUGAUGAUUUUGAACCUCUUGAUGAUAAUGCAGAUUAUGAAACAAUUAAUCGAAAUAAUUCAGCAAUACAUAUUCGCGUUUAUAGAAAAUUUUCAAUAAGUACCCUUAAAUAUCAAGAAUAAAAUAUAAUUUUUCAAAAAAUAUUGAAGAUUUUUUAAUAAAUAUA